GCCCAGAACGUGACCAACGUGACAAUUACCGGUGGUGGAGUUCUGUACGGGAAUGCCGAGCACUAUAUAUCAUACUAUGAUCCACGCUACAAUCGAUUCGAACCAAUUGAUCCCGAUCCUCGACGACCGCGAUUGUUGCUCAUCAACGAAAGUUCGUACAUCAACGUACACUAUCUGUCGUUGCAGAACUCUUCCGACUGGACUCUGCACAUACGUAACAGUGAACACGUGACGGUGCACAAACUCCGUAUUUACGGAGACCGUCGCUUUCCGAAUAAUGACGGCAUUGAUCCCGACAGUUCCUCGCACGUGCAUAUUUCCCAUUGUGUCAUUGACGUGGCCGACGACGGCGUGUGCCCCAAGGCACGCGAUUCCACUCGCGUUCUGCACAAUUUGACCGUCACGAAUGUUCUCAUUCGAUCCCGCAGUCACGCCAUCAAGUUUGGCUCACACACGGACGCCAACAUGACCGACAUUUUGUUCGAAAACAUUACGAUCCUUGACAGCAACUCCGGAUUGGCGAUUCAACAGCGGGGUCCGGGGAAUAUCGACAACGUCACCUUUCGUAACAUUUUUACGGAAACCCGGUACGACAAUCCCAGAUGGUGGGGGAACGGCGAGUGGCUCACCAUGACGAGCGAGCCUCGGAACGAAGGCGACAUAAUCGGCAAAGUUACUAACUUGCGGUUGGAAAACGUUCGUGCUGUGAGCGAAAAUGGUGGCUUACUGAGUGGCCGUGGCUCGGGUAUGCAAAACGUUUCCAUGACUAACAUACAAGUAACGAUUCGACCAUGGAGCAAUUACAGCAACGGC